AUGGUGACCGAAGCAGACCUCAAACCCUGGCUGCGCGCUCCCAUCCGGCGAUACAUCCUAACAAACGCUACCAUUGUCGAUGUUACAGACGGCUCUCUCCGUCCCAACGUGGCAGUGCAACUCAAAGAUGGUCUCAUCGAUGCCAUACGAGAGUCCACAGAUCCAGUCAUUGCCGCCGCCGAGAAACAAGGCUUUGAGGCAAUUGACUGCACGGACAAGUUUAUCUGUCCAGGUCUCAUCGACGCCCAUGUCCAUCUUGUAGCUGUCCCAGGUUUUGGCGACCUCUCCAAGGCUUUUGGGAACUCAAACGAUGUCUCGCUUCUCCGCCAACCAUAUGUUUGCGCACAAAUGCUGCACAGAGGCUUCACGAGCGUACGUGACUGCGGGGGUGCGCAACAGGCUUUGAAGGAGGCCAUUGACGAUGGCGUCUUUCAUGGCCCAAGAGUCUUCAUUGCGGGACAUGCGCUGUCGCAAGCAGGCGGUCACGGCGACAUUCGUGGCGUGCAUGACCAUGGCGAGUGUUGCGGGGGCUCGACGAAUGGCCUCGGAAGGCUCUGCAAUGGUGUUCCGGAGUGCAUGACCGCUGUGCGCGAGGAGAUUCGCGGCGGCGCGGACUUCAUCAAGAUCAUGGGCUCUGGUGGCGUUUCAACACCAACUGAUCGGAUAGACCACCUCCAAUUCACUGAUGCUGAGAUUCAAGCAAUGGUCGAAUGCGCUGAAAACGCCGGCACAUAUGUCACGGCACAUGCAUACACGGCGAAAGCUAUCAGGCACUGUAUCGACAACGGAGUGCGAGGUAUUGAGCAUGGAAACUUCGUUGACGCUUCCACGGCGAAGAUUAUGGCGCAAAAGGGGGUUUAUCUGACACCGACACUCAUAACAUACGCACAGAUGGCGUCGCCGAAAUGGAAAGGGUAUUUGCCGCCGGAGUCGAUGUCAAAAAACGAGGAAGUGCUUCAUGCAGGCCUCAUUGCACUCAAAACGGCAUACGACGCGGGCGUUACGAUCUGCUUCGGUACUGAUCUCCUCGGUCCACUUAGCGCAGCGCAGUCCUUUGAGUUUAGUUUGCGCGGGAAAGCUCUCCCAUCAUUGGCUGUGUUGCAAAGUGCAACUAUCAAUCCUGCCAAGAUGGUUGGUAGGGAAAACUCACUGGGACAAAUCAAGGUGGGAUUUGAGGCGGAUCUUGUCAUCACCGACGCCAACCCAGCUGAGAAUGUAUCCAUCUUUGAUGACCCUGAAGCACACGUUCUUGGAGUGAUCAAGGAAGGAAGGAUUUACAAGAGUCGCUGGAAUGGCAUAGUAGAGGAUGCUGCAGUGCCGGUUAGGAUUAAGCCAGCGCUAUGA